AUGAGCUAUAACGGUCCGCCUGCCGGAGGUGCGACUCCUUAUCAGCAGCCUGCACAGCCGUUUGGAAACGGCCAGCAGAUGUACGGUCAGCAGCCAUAUGGACCGCCGCAAGGACAGCAGCAAUUUGCUCCGCCACAAAAUGGGCAGCAAGGGUACGGACAACAGCCGUACGCGCCGCCGCAGUAUGGCCAGCCCCAGUACCCUCAGAGCUUCCAGCAGGGCGGUCCCUCGCAACAAGGCCCAACUCCGCAGCAGGGACCCAAUGCCUUUCCUCCCAAGAAGAAAGGCAAUCCCAUAAUCACGCGGUACCCUCCGCCGCCCGGAUAUCGCGGCCCAGCUCAACACCAAAACGGUCCUCCACAGCCGUUUCAGCAGCCGGCACAAGGCUUCCAACCGCCCCCACAGGCCUAUCCUCAGCAAGCACCGCAAGGAUACCCACCUCAACAAGGCUAUCAGCAGCCGCCCAAUUACCAACAGGCACCACAAGGAUAUCAACAGCCACCGCCGCAGGGAGGGUAUCCACCUCAACAGCAAGGAUGGCAGCAGCCUCAGGGCUGGCAGGCUCCUCCCCAAGGCGGCUACCCGCCGCAACAGCAAGGCUAUCAACAACCAGGUUAUCCCCCACAGCAAGGUUAUCAGCAGCCACCUCAAGGCUACCAAGCGCCGCCUCAGGGCUAUCCACCACAGCAGGGCUACCCACCGGCUCAAGGGUACCCUCAGCAAGGGUAUCCGCCUCUUCAAGGGUCACCUGAUGGAUCCGCUCCGACCCCCAACUACCAGGGACCAAAUUCUCAGUGGCAGCCACCACCACAGCAGCCGUAUCCGCCGCAGAACGAGCAGUGGGCCAAUCCACCUCAGCACACUGCAUCUCCGAGUGGUCCUCCGGUACCAACCACAGAACGAUCCACUCCGAUACAGAGUCAACGGCACCCAUCCAGGGCCAUGAGCAUGACGUCAGACAGGACCACUGUUCCGAAACCUAGUGAGAAUGAUCCUGCCGGCCUUGCUCUGGACGAUUGGGACUUUGACUUUGAUGGUGCGCUCUGGCCGAAAGGGUGUGACGCCGUUGAUCCCGACUUGAGCAUUGGGAUCAUCAUUUGGCAUCCCGCAACCCAAGCGACACGCGCAGUGCCCUCGACGUUCGCAGAAGCGGAGAAACGUGACGAGGACGUGCCCUACGCGCCUCUUGGAAACGGAGAGUCUGUCUCGAAGUACUUCACGCUGGAGAACGACUACGAAGCCUUCCUGGACGUCCGGCAGACGGAUCAUUGGCCGAUGGUCCAAAAUGACCCAAUUUUCAUCCAGUUUCCCGCCACAUGCGACCUGAUCCCAUUGGAAGAUGUUAUCGCAAAUCGCGACCGCCCAGACAUCGAGGAGGACGAGCCAGUGGCUAACGGUGGGAACGGUGAGCAGGCAUCUAACGGUAAUGUCAUGGAUAGCUUGGAACAGGCGCUCGAUUUAAGCGAGAUCGUCAACGGAAGAAGAUCUAGCGUGAAGCCUGCUGCUGAGCCAAAGGAUGAUGGCCAAGAAGAUAUACUUGCUCGGCUAGGUGUCACCGGUUCACCGAAGCCUGUGUUCCCUACGCCGGGACCGGCCUAUGUGCCCAGGUCUCGGUCCGACAGCUGGAAAAUCGGCAACUCCGGGCUGCCAAGGCCGAACUCUUUCGCCUUCUCAAACGAUGGCAUGAAGCACUACGGUGCACCGCCACCGCCGCCAGAGCCUCAGCGCUCGCCCUCAUACGAUCCUUGGAAGACUGAUGACACACCUCGUGCCAGUCGUUUCGAUGGCAAGCGAGAUCCAAGCCCGGCCCGAUCUGAUAAAACUGCCACUGGCUCAGACUUCCACGCUGAUGAUACUAGCGGCACUAACUCAGCAGACAUGAAGCCACCGCCAACUCUGCUACGUUCCGAAAGCAGCACGGCCCGGAAGAGGAGCUAUGAUGAAUCAGACAGAGACAGAGAGACCGAGGGCCGGAGACGCCAGGAAGACGACGUGACCCCCAAAUACAAGCGGAGACAACCGCGUGUUGCAGCUGCAUACAGGUAA